AUGGAGUCGGACUAUAAGUACUCGGCUUUAAUAACUGGAUUCGGCCCGUUUACUGGUCACGUUAUUAACGCAAGUUGGGAAGCGGUAAAAGAACUAAGUAAAUUAUCUGUCGAUUCGGAAGAACUAAAAGGUGUCAAAGUAAUCACCAAAGAGAUUCCUGUGUCCUACGAUGAUGUAUCUAGUUAUGUACCUAAACUUCUGAAGAAGUACAAUCCGAUGGUAAUUCUGCAUGUAGGUGUAUCUAGUAAAGCAGAAUGUUUAACCAUAGAAUGUUGUGCUCAUAAUAAUGGUUACAUUAAACCAGAUAUACAUAAUAAAUGUCCAGAUGAGUAUGCUGUUAUACCCCAGAUUUUAAAUACUACUAUCAAUGUCAGUGAAGUGUGUGAUGUAGUUAAUGAAAGUUCAAGGGAAACCGAUUGUAAUGCUUGCAUUUCGUACAAUGCAGGCAAGUAUCUGUGUGAAUAUAUAUUUUAUAAAUCUUUGCAAAUCAGACCUAUGAAAACACUGUUUGUACAUGUCCCUGAUUUUAAUAAAUAUUCAAGCAUUCAAACUGCAAAAGGUUUAUAUUGUAUUUUAUGUUAUAUGAUUAAAAAU